CACACCCACAUUUCCAUAUCUUGGUUGCUGUCUUCAAUCUCUAUCUUGCUCUCAAAAUCUACAAAACCACCCCCAUUUCAAAACCCACAUGCCCAAACUAGUUAUUCGGUCCCCAAAUUUCCAAACCCAAUAACCAAACACCACCCUGUUUGAGUUUUGUUGCAGAGAAACAGAGAAAGAUAGAGACAUUUGAGAACCCAUUUAUAGGAAUUGCCCAAGGAAAUGGGAGCGUACAGAGCUGAUGAUGAUUACGAUUACUUGUUCAAGGUGGUGUUGAUCGGUGACUCUGGGGUUGGCAAAUCGAACCUGUUGUCCAGGUUCACCAGGAAUGAGUUCAGCCUUGAAUCAAAGUCCACCAUUGGGGUUGAGUUUGCCACCAGAAGCAUUAGGGUCGAUGAUAAGGUGGUUAAGGCCCAGAUUUGGGACACUGCUGGUCAGGAAAGGUAUCGGGCAAUCACAAGUGCAUAUUAUCGAGGUGCUGUUGGUGCAUUACUAGUCUAUGAUGUUACUCGUCACGUUACAUUUGAAAAUGUGGAAAGAUGGUUGAAGGAACUUCGGGACCAUACAGAUGCCAACAUUGUGAUCAUGUUGGUGGGAAACAAGGGAGAUCUGCGCCACCUGCGAGCUGUAUCCACUGAGGAUGCCCAGGCUUUUGCUGAACGAGAGAAUACCUUUUUCAUGGAAACAUCUGCCCUUGAGUCGAUGAAUGUUGACAAUGCUUUCACAGAAGUGCUCAGCCAAAUCUAUCGUGUUGUAAGCAGGAAGGCCCUAGACAUUGGGGAUGAUCCAGCAGCCUUGCCCAAGGGACAGACGAUCAAUGUUGGUGGCAAGGAUGAUGUAUCGGCCGUGAAGAAAGUUGGAUGUUGCUCCAAUUAAUCACGGAGGAAUUGGUCCGACGUACCUCCCAGAGGCCAUGUCAAUACAGAAGCUGACCCAAAUCCAUGAAAUUGAGUCUGAACACUAUGUUUGGAUACUUGAGGUGUCUUGAAAACUUGUCUUGUCCAUGGUAGCCAACAUGUAGGAAUUUAAGAAACUGUUUUUGUUCAUUCCUUUGAUUCAAUUUGAACUGCUUGCUCCCCUUGUGCAUUACAAUAUUAUCAUCUCUUAGUUGAG